UAACAUUUUUCGUAUCACUUGAACAAUAAUUUCCCACUGUACGGAGAUAUAUUUAUGCAGCAAUUUUGUGUGUCAAUAUUUAAAUGGUUAUAUUGCUGAGGCAGUUAGUCUGCAAUCAGCCAUCAGCGUGCGUAUAAGUCGAUAUCAAUUGAAUGGAAUUAUCAACAACGAAAAAAAAGUUACAAAGUAAAACGUGCACGGCGAAUAUAAUGUUUCUGCGUAGUGAAUUUUCGUUACAAUUUUUUUUUUCUGUUUGAAUAUCCGUUGAAUUGAAACAGUCAAUUAACGUUUAAUGACCAUACGCGAUUGUGUUAAUCUUACAAUUUCACAAAAAAAUUAAAUAAAAAAAUCGGCGUGUUGACGAUCUCAUUUCGGUACAAUCAAUAAAACGUCGAUUAACAAAUCCUUAACUGAAAGUGUUAAUUGUACCGAAAGAGUGUGAAUCCGCAUCAAUAAAUUUACCGAAUUACCGAAUUCAAAACGGUUGUGCAUUUUUAUAUUAAUCCGAAAUUAUAUUCAUCGGUUGGUUCACCAAAAUAAACAGUUGACAACAUUCUCAAUAAGCUCAUCGAAUCAUGACAAAACUGGCAGCAAUUAUCUUUGCAUUUGGUUUCGUUCAAUCAUUGAUUCAAUUAACUGAAACCGUUGCUGAUCAAGAAUUUCAACGACCAAACGUAAUAUUUAUACUUGCAGACGAUUUGGGCUGGAACGAUGUUGGAUUUCAUGGUUCGGCGCAAAUACCCACACCAAAUUUAGACGCACUGGCUUAUUCUGGUUUGAUAUUGAAUAACUAUUAUGUUACACCAAUAUGCACUCCGAGUCGAUCUGCAUUGAUGACUGGAAAAUAUCCGAUUCAUACAGGAAUGCAACAUACGGUACUCUAUGCGGCUGAACCAAGAGGAUUGAGUUUGGAUGAGAAAAUUUUGCCCGAAUAUUUGAAGGACUUGGGGUACUCGAAUCAUAUCGUUGGAAAAUGGCACCUGGGGCACUUCAGGAGAGAAUACACACCUCUGUUUCGUGGAUUCGAUUCGCAUGUUGGUUACUGGACAGGCCAUCACGACUAUUUCGACCACACAGCUGAUGAGAAACCAUCUUGGGGUCUUGACAUUCGAAGGGGUCUAGAUGUGGCCUACGAUCUUCAUGGUGCCUAUACGACUGAUAUAAUAGCUAGGGAAUCAGUAAAGAUCAUUCAGAAUCACAAUGCAUCGAAACCAUUAUUCCUAUACAUGGCUCACGCAGCGGUACAUUCAGGCAAUCCGUAUAAUCCCCUACCAGCACCAGACGAAGCCGUUGCAAAGAUGUCGCACAUUGGCAAUUAUAAUCGGCGCAAAUUUGCGGCUAUGAUGUCCAUUCUUGAUGAGUCUGUCGGUGCCGUUGUAACAGCGUUGCGAAAACAGAAUAUGCUUCAAAAUUCGAUAAUUAUAUUCAGUACAGACAAUGGAGGCCCGGCUGAAGGUUUCAAUUUGAAUGCCGCAUCGAAUUGGCCAUUAAGAGGUGUCAAGAACACAUUGUGGGAAGGUGGAAUCAGAGGGGCUGCAAUGAUUUGGAGUCCAUUAAUUGAGAAAACGAGCCGAAUUGCCAAUCAAACAAUGCAUAUAACAGAUUGGCUACCGACAAUUAUUUCGGCUGUUGGUGGUGAUCUGAGUAACUUGAAGUCUAACAUCGACGGCAUUGACAUUUGGAACGCACUAUCCACUGAUGGCACAUCAGACCGUACUGAAAUUUUGCACAACAUUGAUGACUUGUAUGGAAAUGCAGCAGUUACUCAAGGAGACUGGAAAGUGAUGAAAGGAACUACGUAUCAAGGCAAGUGGGAUAAUUGGUAUGGUCCAGCCGGAUCGCGAGACAUUCGAGAUUAUGAUCUGAGAGCAGUAUCUGACUGUCCAGCUGGCAAAGCAUUGAACGACAUGAGAUUACUACCUAACGAGGCGAAGAUCAUCGAAAUGAGGAAGAACGCAAUCGUUAAUUGUUCGAAAGGUGGUUUUCAAAACAAGCGAACCGAUGACUGCUUGCCAUUACUGAGACCUUGCCUGUUCAACAUCGCAGAAGAUCCGUGUGAAAUGUUCAAUUUAGCUGAAAGAUAUCCAAACAUUUUGAAUACAAUGCUGCAACUACUGAAUAAAUACAACUCUACAGCCGUACCGCCAGCAAAUCUGGAUCUUGAUCCUAGAGGAGAUCCGAGAAGGUGGGGCAAUGUGUGGACAAAUUUUGGAGACUACGAAUAGUAAUAGUUGUGGCGAAGUUGUGCAGCCAUCAAAUAGCCAAAUUUUUUAGUGAAUGUUGCUGAAAAUGAUCUCCAAUCGAAUUUUUUUUACGUUUCAAGGAAGACUUUGUAACCACAAAUUAUUUUCGCGAAGAAUUGAAUAAAGUUGACCUCUGAGCUAUGCUCGAAAUACGUUUAUCCGUGUCA